AUGGAGUUCUCGAAUCCCUUCGCCGAUACGGCUCCGCGCCGCAACUUUACGGCUCCUAUAGACUCUCAGAUCCAAAGACCGUCUACAUCAGCAGGAGAAACAAGCCAUGCCCUAGUCGAUACGCUCUACAGUCACCCUUCGGUCAAAAUCAUAUCCUUUACUGCUGGGAACCGGCCCCCGACCCUCGGUCCCACUCCUCCUAAUACCCCUACCAGCGUCGAGCCGGGCUCUCUGCCGUGGUCUUCCCAUCUGGAGAGGACCAUUGCAGUCGGACAUUUCAGAAUAUACCGUGCCCCUGGCUCGAUCACCUUUCUCAACUGCGGUUCUGCCCUACAACCGAUAUUUCCAAAAAGCCAGGCUUGGUGUGUUGAUGAGGACUCGAGCAAAUUCAUCCUACAAAUUCGGAGGCCCCAGUACUGGCGCAUCGAGGUACCUGUUGACGACCCGGAGGAUGUACGACGCGCGCAGCUUCUGCGUGAGGUUUUCGACCAAAUCCUACAAUUCGAAAAGACUGAAUGCCCUUUUCAGCGAUCCUUUACCGUCGAGCUACCCGAACGUCCGCAGACGCCGGUUAUUAAGAAACCGUGGACUCCUGUUAGGAGAUCUAGUGAAUCCAUCAUUCCCACCCCGGUCAGCGCGAUCACCAUACCCGCCCAGAUUGCCCGUGUACACCGAGGUCCGCCUAAAGAUGACACUAUCAGAGUGCGCAAGAGAAGAGCGACUGGUACCACAAGCCAGUCAACCUUACCCACCAGCGAUGAUCUGUUUAGAAUACAGGAGCAUAACAUCGUUUCGGUACCCGACAUUACACUCUCAAGUCAGCCGGAGGAGGAACCACAGCAGCCAGAGUCGUUGUCUUCGCGGAAUUUCACAAGGACCCCUCUUAUACCAAGCGGCCAGCAAACUAGUCAUUCUGUUGCCGCACCCCCACAGCUAACGUUGAUUACUGCACCGCACUUUACUGAGCCAUCAUCCAUACAUCAACUGGACGGCCAUGCGCCAGAAAUACCCGGAUCACAGUCUUCGGUAACCUCCCGCGACUCUUUCCACAGUGUACGGUCAUGCAACUCUCAUAUUUUCCCCCCUUCCCCACCCUUAUCCAAGCCGACGUCUCCUUCAGGCUCUUCCUGUCCACCUGGAAAGAGGAACGAACCAGCCGCAGACUCAUCAACCCUUACGUUAGAUAAGGCAAAUCAAUCUAACAUGUCCCAGACAUCGGAUACCAGCCCGGUAGCAAUUGAUCGAAGCGCCACCUCCAGCUCGACAUUUCACGGCACAGCUCCCUCGUCUACCCAUGACAUCGACUCUCCAUGUAGCCCAACAACAACAGGACUGAUAUUAGUUACUCCGUCGCCCAACGCAUCACCGACUUCCCGUUCCCGAUCUCCCUCCGUCAGCAGUCGUCGCUCUCUCAUCCGCGGCCGUCCAACAACAAGCAGCAGCAUAUCCCCCAGUAGGAGAGCGCUUUCACCCCUACCACGCGCUGCGGAUUUGUUUGCGCCUCGUCGAAGGGCGCCCUCUACCAGCAAGCUCGAAGUGGUGCGCAAGCUACCCAUGACGGUCAUCAAUAAGUCCUUCGAAAUCUUGAUGGCGCCUCCCACACACUUGAUGAGCCUCAUGCUUACCGUUGCGGCGCGCAUCACCGCUGGACAAAAGAGCGGCGCGGUCUUGGGAUCCGGCGAGGGAGGCGAGAGGAUACCCGUGCAGUGGGAUCUUUCGGACGAGACGGAGGACAACAGCAGUUUCCCCCAACGGAAACCGUCAGCAGCAACAACGCUGUUUUCAUCAGUGAGAAGGUGGAGUGUGUCUCACGUGAGUAAUGAUGACGACCACCUGCCCCCGCAUAUGCGCGGGCGGGAAAGGGGGAUGAGCUUGAAGAUGGCGGGGAGUUUCCCGGAGUCGGAUGAGGAGGGCGAGCACGACGAUGGCGAUGGCGGCAGCACUUCGGAUUUCACACAUGGUUCUCACGAGCCCACAGCUCGACGAAAUGGUGCUCUCAAAGCCGACGAUGGGUUGAGGCUCGAUGGUGCCGGGAUUGGAGUACCAGAAGACGAUCCCCAGUUCGAUUGGAAUCAGAGCAUGGGAGUGGAUUAA